UCAGUCCCACAUGGGUGCAGCACCUGCCAUACAGAGCAGUCCCCGCCACACGUGCCGCGAUGCUCAGCCCCAUCCCGGGGUGGGACUCCCGGGGGAUUCCCCUGCGCGGGCGGGCGGGGCCGGGGCCGAGCCCCCUCCCCGGGACAGCCCGGGCUCCUCCCGCGGGCGGCGGAGCGGCGGGGCCGGGGCGCGGCGGCGGCGGGAUGGAGGGUCCCCGGGGCCGCUCCCGGGGCCGGGGCCGGUGGCUGCCCUGGGUCGCCCUGCGGCUGCUCGCGGUCGCCGCCUUCAACCUGGACGGCAGCAGCCCCGUGCUGAAGGACGGCGAGCGGGGCAGCCUCUUCGGGGCCGCCGUGGCACUGCACCGGCAGCUGAGCCCCGAACCGGCGGGCUGGCUGCUGGUGGGGGCCCCCCAGGCGCAGGCGCUGCCCAGCCAAGGUGCCAACCGGACCGGGGGGCUCUUCGCCUGCCCGCUGACCCCCGAGCUCUCCGACUGCUGGCGGGUGCCCAUCGAUGAGGGAGUGGACCCGCAGCGGGAGAGCAAAGAGAACCAGUGGCUGGGGGUGAGCGUGAAGAGCCAAGGAGCCGGAGGGAAGAUCGUGACCUGUGCCCACCGGUACGAGGUGCGGCACCGGGUGCGGCAGCCGCUGGAGACGCGGGACGUGAUCGGGAGGUGCUUCGUGCUGAGCCAGGACCUGCGGGUGCGGGACGAGCUGGACGGCGGCGAGUGGAAGUUCUGCGAGGGGCGGCCCCAGGGCCACGAGCGCUUUGGCACCUGCCAGCAGGGCCUGGCGGCCGCGUUCAGCCCCGACCGCCGCUACGUCCUGCUCGGGGCCCCCGGCACCUACAACUGGAAGGGGACCCUGCGCGUGGAGCAGCUCAACCAGAGCUCUCUGGACCUGCUGCGCCCGGACGCCGGUCCCUUCGAAGCGGGGGGGGAGAAGGACCAGGACCCCUCGCUCAUCCCCGUGCCCGCCAACAGCUACUUCGGGCUGCUCUUUGUGACAAACAUUGAGAGCGCUGCCCCCGACCAGAGGGUCUUCCGGACCCCCCAGCCCGGCGAGAGGGUCCCCGGCGCCGCCCCAGACGUGGCCCACAAUAGCUACCUGGGGUUCUCGGUGGACUCGGGCGCGGGGCUGACGCGCCGGGGGGGGCUGAGCUUUGUCACCGGCGCCCCCCGCGCCAACCACACCGGGGCUGUCGUGAUCCUGCGUCGCGACAGCGCCAACCGCCUGGUGCCCGAGGCGGUGCUGCCCGGGCCGCAGCUCAGCUCGGCCUUCGGGCACGCCCUGGCCGUGCUCGACCUCAACAGCGACGGGUGGAUGGACCUGGUGGUGGGGGCCCCCCACUUUGAGCGCCAGGAGGAGAUCGGGGGGGCUGUUUAUGUUUACAUCAACCCCGGGGGGCUCUGGGACGCUGUGACCCCCCUGAGGCUCAACGGCACCCGGGGGUCCAUGUUUGGCACUGCCCUGAGCGCGGCCGGGGACCUCAACCACGAUGGCUUUGAGGACCUGGGUGGAGCCCCUUUCGACGGCGCCGGCAAAGUGUUCAUACACGGGAGCGCCCUGGGCAUCGUGGCCAGGCCGGCCCAGGUCCUGGACGGGGAGGCCGUGGGGGUCCCGACCUUCGGAUAUUCCCUGUCGGGGGGGCUGGACGUGGAUGGCAACCUGUACCCCGACCUGCUGGUGGGGUCCCUGUCCGACACCGUGGUGCUCUACAGGGCCCGCCCGGUGGUCCACGUGUCCCGGAACGUGUCGCUGCUGCCCCCCACCAUCGACCUGGAGCAGAGCAACUGCCGCCACUGGGAGGGCGUCUGCGUGGAGGUCCGAGCCUGUUUCAGCUACACGGCCAGUCCUGCGAGCUACAGCCCCCGCCUGGAGCUGGAGUUCGUGCUGGACGUGGACACCGAGCGCCGGCGCCGUGGCAAGCCCCCCGGGGGUCGUUCCUGGGCCGUGGCCCCAGUGGACCCCGAGCACCAGCUCUCCGGGACCCUGGAGCUGCCCCGGCAGCACAGCCGGGCCUGCAUCACCCCCACCUUCCAGCUGCACGACGGGAUCCGGGACAAGCUGCGGCCCAUCGUUGUCACCUCUGGCCUAUCCCGGAGCACGCCCGCAGUGUCCCCCCAAUCCCUGGGGUUGCCCCGUCCCCCCUCGGAGCCCCCCCUGAGUGCCCCCCCCGUGCCCCCCCAGGUGCAUUUCCUGCGCCAGGGCUGCGGGGAUGACCAGAUCUGCCAGAGCAACCUCCGGCUGCACUUCCAGUUCUGCGCCCGCGCGGGUGACAGCGAGUUCCUGCCCCUGCCCAGGGCCGAGGAUGGCACUGCCAUCUUCGCCAUGAGUGACCAGAAGGACGUGGCCCUGGAGGUCCUGGUGACCAACGAGCCGUCGGACCCGGCGGAGCCGCAGCGGGACGGGGACGACGCCCACCAGGCCCAGCUCACGGCCACUCUCCCCCCGGAGCUGCCCUACGCGGCCCUGCGGCCCGACGAGGGCGGGGGGCUCGGGGACAAGCCCGUGCUGUGCCUCGCCAACCAGAACGGCUCCCAGGUGGAGUGUGAGCUGGGGAACCCCCUGAAACGCGGAGCACAGGUGCGGUUCUUCCUCAUCCUCGGCACCUCGGGAAUAACCAUCCACACCUCGGACCUGGCGGUGGAGCUCGCGCUGUCCACGAUCAGCGAACAGCCGGGGCUGGAGCCGGUGGUCGCUCGUGCCCGGGUGGUCCUCGAGCUGCCCCUCUCCGUGACGGGAGUGGCCGUGCCCCCCCCGGCUGUUUUUCGGGGGGGAGGUGCGGGGGGGGAGAGCGCCGUGCGCAGGGAGAGCCAGGUGGGCAGCGCCGUCAGCUUCGAGGUCACGGUGUCCCACAGGGGACAGGCGCUGAAGACUCUGGGCUCUGCCUUCCUCACCCUGCACUGGCCCCACGAGCUGCCCAACGGAAAGUGGCUCCUGUACCCCCUGAGCCUGGAACUGGGCACCCCCCCCGUGCCCUGCAGCCCCUCUGCCAACCCCCUGCGCCUCGCCCUGGAGCCCCUGGGACAGGGUGACCCCCCCCAGGCAUCCCCCCCCCGGUCCUGGUGGGUCCCAGCGCCCUCAGAGAGGAGGAGGAACGUGACACUGGACUGUGCCCGGGGCACUGCCCGCUGCCGCCCGUUCCUGUGCCCGCUGCCCACCCUGGAGCGCUCGGAGCUGCGGGCGCGGGGCCGCCUCUGGAACGGCACCUUCCUGGAGGAAUUCCUGGAUGUCUCCUCGCUGGAGCUGAUCGUCCGUGCCGAGGUUUCCGUCACCUCCCCCAGCAAGAACCUGGUGCUCAAGGAUGCGGCCACACAGAUGUCGGUGUCCAUCCACCUGGACCCGGGGGUGGCGGUGGCGGGGGUCCCGUGGUGGGUGGUCCCGCUGGCGGUGCUGCUCGGGAUCCUCCUCCUGGCCCUGCUGGUCCUCGGGCUCUGGAAGGUGGGGUUUUUCCGCCGUGCCCGCCGGGCCCCCCCGGCCGUGCCGCAGUACCACGCGGUGAGGAUCCCGCGGGAGCAGCGGCGGCACCUCCUCGAGGGCAGGACGGGCACGAUCCAGAGGCAGGAAUGGGCCGCCAGCCCCGCCGAGCCCCCGGACGGACGCGGGACCCCCAGCUCCGCAUAGACCCCCCACUGUGAAAUGGGGGGUGGGCACGGACACGGGGUAUGGGGUGUGGAACAUGGGAUAUGGGAUACGGAUAUGGGUAUAGGAUAUGGGAUAUGGGACAUGGACAUGAGAUAUGGGAUAUGGGACAUGGACACAGACAUGGGAUAAGGGACAUGGACACAGAAUGUGGGACAUGGACAUGGGAUACAGGGUGUGGGACAUGGACACAGACAUGGGAUAAGAGAGAUGGACACAGGAUAUGAAACACGGAAUAUGGACAUGGACAUGGAACAUGGAUACUGGAUAUGGGACACAGGACAUGGACAUGGGAUACGGGACAUGGAACUCGGGAUAUGGAACAUGGGACAUGAAACAUGGGACACAAACAGGGGACACAGGACAUGGAACACGGGAUUGUCCGCCCUGGCCGUGCUCUGGGGAUGGCAGCAGGAACAGGGGACAUGGACAUGGACACAGAGCCUGGGACAUGGAACCUGGGACAUGGGAUUUCUCGCCCUGGUUGUGCCCUGGGAAGGUCCCAGUGAGGCACCGGCUGUGCUGGAGCACCUGGGAAUGUUUGUCCUGGGAUGGGGCCAUCGGGCCCAUGGGGCACUUUGGCCCCACAGGGUCAGUUUGGUCCCAGGGGUCACUUCAGCCCCACAUGAAGGGUUUGGCCCCACACGGGGUCUCGACCCCCCGGGCUCAGCUCGGCCCCACAGCGAUGUUCACCCCAAUAAAAGGUGCUGUCCCCCC